AUGACUACAGAAGAGCUAAAGAAACUGCGAGAUAUCCCCAGCGACUGGAAUAUUACAAUUGAACAACGCCCUCUAACUGACGGUGAACUGGUUUCUCUUGAAAAUUGGGGGUUUCCUGAAGAGUCCUCGUCCAAAACAAACAAUUUGACAAAAGGCAAACCUGGCGGAAACAAUUUGGUAGGAGGCGAGAGUUUAACAUCAGUUCAAGCCCCCCUUCUGCAGUGGCACGUGGGAGUAUACAGCAAGGCGUUUGAACCCUAUAUGCAGAUAUGCGGUGGAACACUAGUCACCACAAAAGCUGUCAUAUCAGCGGCCCACUGUUUCUGGAGUGACGUGGACGGCGCGCUGCCUGCGUCGCGGUUUGUGGUAGCGGCCGGCAAGCUCUACCGGCCCUGGAACGACAGCCACGACCUUUAUGCACAGAAGGCUGAAGUAUCCGCAAUACAUCUACCGGCGCGGUUCCGUGGCGCGGUCACCAGCUUCCAAGAUGACAUCGCCGUGGUGUUGCUGGCUACAGCGUUUACACACUCGCCCGCCCUCCGCCCGCUCUGCGUGCUUUUUGACGAAUAUCUUGAACACAACCAUCUCCGAAAUGGAAAACAGGGUGUUGUACUGGGCUGGGGCCUGACUGCAGAGAACGGCCCGCCGGCGCAAGCGCUGCAGUACUUGUACAUGCCGUACGUGCCCAUCGAGGAGUGCGUCGCCAGCGCGGAGCCCAACUUCCUCAAGUAUAUCACCAGUGACAAGAUCUGCGCAGGCGUCACUACCGGAAAGGCGCUGUGCCGCGGCGAUAGUGGUGGCGGACUGGUGUUCUUCGAUCAUUCCACCGGCGAACGGGUACCGCUCCUGUUCGGAGUGGCCUCCACCGCCCCGCGUAACGAGCACCUCUGCAAUACGCUCGCCCGCGCCACGCUCACGCGCGUGCCCGCUCACCGCGCCUUCUUGCGCACGCAUAUACCAGAUAUAGAGGAAGCAUGCGCGAAAAACUAUGUUACUUUUGCAAGCGAUACCGAGACCGAUUUGUUAGACGAUAGAACGGCAGCGACAACGCAUCAGCCACCACCAGCUAAAACGAAAUUAAUUUGCAACUGCUACUGCAAUAAUUCCACGAAACCUUAAAUACG